AUUGCUCCAAGGAGAAGAGUAUAAAAUAGGUAACUUUAUUAACCCGGUAUACAUAGGGGAAAAGUUGCGGCCACCGUUCUUCGAGCAGUGACAAUUCGCUGGAAUUUUAGGGUUCCAGUUCCAAUUACCGCGCACUGACCAACUGCAACUGAAGCUCCAAUUCAUCACCUGCACUGAUGAGCCAUUCGACUGAGCAUCUUCAAGCCGAACACCAGAAUCCUUUUAAUAAAGGUUCAGAAGUUUUUAUUGGUGGUUUGGCCCGUACUGUUACUGAAGACAAGAUCAGAGAGGUAUUCUCUACUUGUGGCAAAAUUGUUGAAAUAAGGCUGAUACAGGACCAGAGUGGCAACCUAAAGGGUUUUGGGUUUGUACGUUUUGCAACAAAAGAGGCUGCAGAAAAAGCUGUAAAGGAAAAGUCUGGAUAUGUUAUAGAUGGACGGAAGAUUGGUGUUCUCCCUUCAAUAGAGCAGGAUACAUUAUUUUUUGGGAAUCUUAACAAAGGUUGGAGUGCUGAGGAAUUUGAAAACCUUAUACACCAGGUUUUUCCAGGUGUUGUAUCUGUUAAUCUUGUAAUGCAUGGAGAUCUGCAAGCUGGUCAAAAGCAACGGAAUCGGGGCUUUGCUUUUGUUAAAUUCUCAUCUCAUGCUGAUAAAAUCUCAGGUCCCUGUGUUCUGAUUCUUGGUUCCAGAUUCAAUAUGGCUGCAUCUCGUGCAUAUCGGUUGGGAACCAGUUCAGAAUUCCUUCUUGGUAAUUUGCAUCCAGCUAUUCAAUGGGCUGAGGAGGAACAAGAAAUUGAUCAAAAAGAACUUGCUAAGAUCAAAAUAGCCUUUGUUAGAAAUCUUCCAUCUGAAGCUGAUGAAAAUUACUUGAGGGAACUCUUUGAGCGAUUUGGGAAGGUAGAGAAGGUAGUGCUGCCGAAGAAGGGUAACUCCUUGGUGGGAUUUGUUCACUUUGAUUCACGGCUUGAUCUUGACAAUGCUAUCAAGGAAUUGAAUGACAAAACAGUACCAGGACCAAAUGGAGGGCCACCAUAUAAACUUCAGGUUGAAGUUGCAAGGCCCAUGGACAAAAGCAAGAAGCGUGUUCGUGAUGAGUCACAAAGCAAGCCAUCCAGCAACAUUCAGAAGCAUUCCAAGGAACCAGAGGAAGUCAAAGUUUCUGAUCCUUAUGAAGCUGCUAUAGUUGCAUUACCUGCUGUUAUCACUGAACGUUUACUGAGGAUCAUGCGGCUUGGCAUUGCUACUAGAUAUGAUGUAACUGUUCAAAGUUUAACCCGUCUUAAGGAGUUACCGGAAUCUACAGCCAUAUCUAUUCUUGAUCAGUUUAUGUUAUCUGGAGCGGAUGUGCAAAACAAAGGAGCAUAUCUUGAAGGAUUAAUUGCUAAACGUUAUGGUAAGGUAGGAAAGCAGUGGAGUCCAAGUCUUUCUAGAGUUGAGGAUGCCACUUUGAAGGAACCUGAUACUGUUCAGUACUCAAAACAAAUUCGUCUCCCUGUUGAUUCCUAUGGCCCACAUGUGCCAUCCCCUGGUAGUAGGUCUGGACUAUACGGAGAUCUCUAUUCGCCAACAUUACCACACCAUUUAUGGCAGGGUCGAGUGACGCCAGGACUUGAGGAAACUAGCCCUCCCCUACAGAUUAGAUCAAGUACUUCUGCUGCUUAUGGCAGAGCGGGACCACCAUUCUACAGCAUCGAGGAAACUAGCCCUCCUCUGCAGAGGCCACUGAGUUCUGCAGCAGCCUAUGGGAGAGUUGUAGCAACGUUAAGAGGAGCAGAGGAAGCUAGUGCUCGUCUGCCGGUACCACCCAGUUCUUCUGCAGCUUAUGGGAGAGUUGUAGCAACUUUAAGAGGAGGAGCAGAGGAAGCUAAUGCCCGUCUGCAGGUACCACCAAGUUCCGCUGCAGCUUAUGGGAGAGUGGGAUUAAACUCUUACACCGCAAAUGUUGCUGAUCAUCAACCUACUCGAUCUCAAGUAAGGUUUGAUCCUUUCACUGGGGAACCUUUCAAAUUUGACCCCUUCACUGGAGAACCUAUCCUUCCUGAGAGCUCGUCACGCUAAUUUUUAAAUCCGCACUGAUGAUAUUUGUUCUUGUUGUCCAAACUAUGUCGGUAAAGUUGAGUACUGUGGGUGUGAAUUUUUAAAUUUUUUUAGUAUAAUUGUGUACUUAUGUGAAUGUUGAUGCAUGCAAUGGGUUUAUUUUGUUUGUAAACAGUUCUGUUCUUGGGUAAAAACCAUGCCCCUAACAAGUGUAACAGUAGCA